GCAGACAAACCAAUGCAAAUGAAAUAAAAAUUAAAAAAAAAAAGAAGUAUAGGGGAAAGUAAGAAUUUUUUGAAGAACACAAAAAAGUGUAAUGCUAUAUAUCUGAGCCUAUGAGAACUAUUUGGUUAGGCUUAUUUUUAAGAAACAGGUGCUUUUAAUAAGGUUUUUUGAAUAUCAACCAAAUACUUUUUGGUGUGAGUUUUUGGAAAUUCAUUCUCAUCCAUGUCUCCGGUCCUGGAGAGGAGUUAAGUCAUUUAGAUCCCAUUUCUCUUGGUUCUUGCUCUUUGGACUUUGAAAACAAUCCCUCUCAGGUGUUUGAGAUAACAUUUGAAUAAGGAAAUUUUUCUUUGUUGAUGUUUUUGUUAAGCAGAAUUUGACAAAAAUCCACACAGUGGUUCCAGAAACAAUAACUCUGUUCUGUCUAGAAGCCACACUUAGGCAGUGCAGAGACCAUGUGGGAGGGAUGGGUGACUGGUUUUCUCAGAGUGUAGUCUUUCUGCCAUUGGAGUGUCGCUCCUUGCCAUCCAGAUCGUGCUCUCUGGAAGCCAGAGAGUCCACUCAGUUCACCGUGUGGAACUCUCCUGCUGGGAGCCCAUGCAGUGACUUGGUUCUGUUCCCUUCACAGCUCUACGAGAGUGCCCUGACUGAAAACCAAACACUGAAAACAAAACUCCAGGAGGCCCAGCUAGAGCUAGCCGAUAUAAAAUCCAAGCUUGAGAAGAUGGCCCAGCAGAAGCAAGAGAAGUCCUCUGACCGGUCAUCGGUGCUGGAGAUGGAGAAACGGGAGAGGCGGGCAUUGGAACGGAAAAUGUCAGAAAUGGAAGAAGAGAUGAAGGUAUGAAGAGAUUAUCUUUGUCUUGAUGUGUGUCUUUUCUCUUUAUGUCUGCCUAAGCUAGAUGCUUGAGCAGGCUUGCCCACUCUAACUGUCAGUGCCAACACAGCCCCCUCAGAUGAUGUGUCAGAGGAAAUGAGCACCUCUUCUCAGCCAUCUCUUAGGUUCUCUCAGCUCAUGCUGCAUCCACUAUGGCCACCUCAGAGGCCUCUAGGAGCAACGGGUUGGUUUAUGGGGAGACCAUGUUCAAAUUGUAAGAUUUUCAAAGCAGUGGCUUCUCCCUUAGGAGGCUUGGCAAAAGGUCUAGGACAAAUUCUCCCCACUCUACAUAGUCCUCUCUAGGCGAGCUCCAUGGAGCCUAGGCAUGGCCACAGCCCUUUCUCCCCAUGUGCAGCUCUUGCAGGAGGAACACAAGCUGAGUCAUUCCACAGCAAGAUGAAAAUUUAUUUGCUUAUUGAUUUCCUGUUGUAGGCCAUUUCCUCUGCAGUAUUCCAGCGUUCUUGGCCUUCAUCCACUAGUGCAAACUCAUGCCUCUACAUGACCUCUACUUUGAGGACUUAUUGCCUUCCUCUUCUUGAGGGAUGACCAAUAGUGACCAUAACCUCUUUUAGCUGCUUGAAUGGACUGU